AUGUUGCUUGUGGAAGAUGCUUUGGGUUUCGUUCCAAUAAGCAAGUCGACAGGUUGCUCAGAAGCAAUGAUCCCGCAAAGCUUGGAGUCCUUGACAGGAGGAACCUUGAGCCAACUGGCUGCGAGGGCUUGCAUGUGUACCAUUGCAAGCAAGCAUUCUCGGCAGCAUGUAUUAAUAGUCUCAUUGCACAGCAGCUACCGAGAAACCAAGCAUUCGUGCAGCAGCGCCGGCAGCCAAACUUUGGCUUGGACGCAAUUAAUAAGUUCCGCUGUCACUGUUGCGCCAGACUUUGUGAGCUUAUUAGUUUUAGCUUUUUCUGUUGAGCAGUCUUUUACCAAAGCCCACUUCACUGGAAUGGUAAUGAGUGACUGGUACCCUAAGUACAACCAGUGCAAGAUGACUCUGUGA